AACAUCAACAAAAGAGCGGAGAACAAAAGAAGCCGCGGAGCUAACCAAAGUCUGCAAGGUUCGGUGCCACUCUUCCAGGUGCAUGGCUCUGCCCGGCUGCAAUUGACCAAGGCUGCUAUCAGAAGGGUAGGGUGCUCAUUUGGGUGAGAAGCCAAAGAAGGGAGCGCACAUCUGGAGUGAUCCUACUGACUCGAGUGGAAUUACACCACUGCAACUGAUUCCCAUCUGAAUUUGUCAUAAGGAGUCACCUUCCAAAUGAGGGAGGCAUGGCAUUGUGUCUGUUGAUCGUGGGUUAAUUUUGAAUUCAUCAGAACAGAAUUCGUACAGCAUGUCUGUGCUGUCCUAUACACAUUCGACGGGGUCCCAGGAAACGUCCAGCUCUGGAGCCAUUUCCAAGGCUAGGACAUUACCUCAGCAAACAGUGCCAACCUCUGGGAUUCCCUUUACCAACUCUACAGUGGAAACAAAGUCUCCACUUUCAGAUGAUGAUGAGUUUCAGCUGAGGAAAAACCCAUUUAAAAUCCCUUCAGAUAUUGAUAUCUUCUUACUGAGAGACAAGGAAAGAGAGCGGGCUAAGGCGGAACGUGAGCGAAAGAAGACCCUGAAAGUCCACGAGAAGAUGACCUAUUCCACUAUGAUGAAUGCCAAGCAGUCGGGGUUCAAGAAGGAGCUCCAGAAGGAGGAGGAAGCAGAGGACAAAGAACUGGCAGCAGAAGCACAAAGACUGAAAGCUCUCCAAGAAAGUAUCUCUUGGAAGAUAGCAGUCACCAAAGACCAGCAAGUGGAAAAAGAGACGCUCCAUGAAUACAUAGACAAGAAGCGACAGAUGUUUCUGCUGCAGUACGCUGUGGCAAUAAAGAGAGAUGAAAUUCAGAAGCUGGAAAACUUAGCAGCAGAAGAGGAAGCAAAACUGGAAAAGGCUGAACAGUACCUGGAGAAGGACGCCGCCAUGUUUGACGAGUUCCUGAAGGAGAACGAUAAAAACUCUGCUCAGGCGCUGAAAACUGCUGAAAAAGAAACCAAAGCAAAGAUAGAGAAAAUAAUCGAGAUCCGAGAGCUUACUGCACAAAUGAUGAGCAUUCAAAGUGAGAUAUCCAGGUUUGAAGACACUUUGAAGGAGUACAAGAAGUACAAGAACUUCCUCUACCAGCUCUCUCCAAAAGAGUGGUGGGAAGAGUAUGAAAAAAAGCAGAUGAAGACAAAGGCAAUGAAAAUGUCCUCUGAAGUGAAAGAAGAAAAAAUCUCCGUCUCUCCCAUCACACCCAAGGGCCAGGAUUCAACACCCCGAACCAGAUGUGGCAAGUUGCCUUAUCUUGGCUAUACAGGACGUCAGAGUGUUGAUUUCUCUUCAGGAGGGCCUGAUUUGAGGGCCCCAAGCCAAAUUACACAGAGAAGGGAAUCCCUCAGGCCAGGCAAAAGCCCCUCAAAGCAAAACUUGAAAUCCCAGCAGACAAGACGACAGAGCAUUGCCGCCCUAGCAAUGGAGGAGAAGGCGAGUACAACCUUCUCUGACAAUGAGGACGAGGAUGAGGAGCCGGAGUUAUAUUUUACUGAUCCUCAGCAACUGCUGCACAUUUUCACUGAGCUGGAAGAGCAGAACCUGUCCCUAAUCCAGAAUUCCCAGGAGACUGAGGAAACCUUGGAUGAGCUCCAGCAUACUCUCACCACUACGCGAAGUAAAAUGGACCGUGAGAUAAAGCAGCUGAAGCAGCUUGCAGCCACACUCAAAGCCUCCAUAAUCAAAGAAGAGGAGACAGCCGCAGACCUGGAAUUGAAGGCACGAGUCUUUUCCUUUGGCGAGUACAAAGCAGAUGUGCAGGACAAAAUGUUGGUGAGCCUGAACAAAAAGGGUGACGGAGGGUCUAUCGGACGUUGCAUUGGAGAAAAUGAGGCCAACCUGGGAACCCUGCAGAUGCUAACAGUCAUAGAACACCAACUCGAUGACUUAUUGGAGUGUCUGGAGAGAGUCCCUCAAGCAAAGAUAGAGCAGGCAGAGAAAGCCAAAGAAAAAGAACGGAGGAUGAGGAUGAGGGACGAAAAAGUGAGACAACAGAGGCAGUUGCAGGAGGAGAGGUUGCAACGGGCACUGGCAAGGGCGCAAGCGGAUAUAAAGAAAAAGACCGGCAGAAAGCUGAUGUUCCGCUCUGAGCCUGCGCCAAUCAAAGAGAAAGAAGAUGAGGAUCAAGGCCUGAUUGAUCAAGAGAAGGAAGAAGCUCUCUAUUACUUUACUUAAGACCCAGACAAGACUGGAAAUUAAAAAGGACAGCACCAAUGAGAUGCAAAGACAUUGUACCAACCUGACCAGAGAACAUUUUAGGUUGAGGUUCUUAGAAUUCUAUACAAUUUUUCAAUGAAUUAAACAAAAAUCUCCCAUUUUCUCUUGCUAACCCUUGUCCCCCAGGAGAGUGGUUUGUUUCACUGGAGCCUGUGGUGUGAGUCAACAACUAUUUUGGCACUGCUUUAAAUGAGUAACAGAGUCCUAUGGCACCUUAAAAACUAACAGAUAUAUUGGAGCAUAAGCUUUCGUGAGUGAAUACCCACUU